AUGGGCUGUGAGUUCUAUGUCUUGCUGGUCCCACUGGCCAUGGGCUGUGAGUUCUAUGUCUUGCUGGCCCCACUGGCCAUGGGCUGUGAGUUCUAUGUCUUGCUGGUCCCGCUGGCCAUGGGCUGUGAGUUCUAUGUCUUGCUGGCCCCACUGGCCAUGGGCUGUGAGUUCUAUGUCUUGCUGGCCCCACUGGCCAUGGGCUGUGAGUUCUAUGUCUUGCUGGCCCCACUGGCCAUGGGCUGUGAGUUCUAUGUCUUGCUGGUCCCGCUGGCCAUGGGCUGUGAGUUCUAUGUCUUGCUGGCCCCACUGGCCAUGGGCUGUGAGUUCUAUGUCUUGCUGGUCCCGCUGGCCAUGGGCUGUGAGUUCUAUGUCUUGCUGGCCCCACUGGCCAUGGGCUGUGAGUUCUAUGUCUUGCUGGUCCCGCUGGCCAUGGGCUGUGAGUUCUAUGUCUUGCUGGUCCCGCUGGCCAUGGGCUGUGAGUUCUAUGUCUUGCUGGCCCCGCUCGCCAUGGGCUGUGAGUUCUAUGUCUUGCUGGCCCCGCUGGCCAUGGGCUGUGAGUUCUAUGUCUUGCUGGUCCCGCUCGCCAUGGGCUGUGAGUCCUAUGCCACCAGUUGCACAAUUUAA